CCGGUAAGCAGCAUCUGAAGAGAAGCGCGAUACACCGAUCUCAAUCCUCAUUCGAAUUUGACAACAAUCAUUCGAACUGAGAUGAUUGAUCACCGAUCUCAAUCCUCAUUCGAAUUCAACAACAAACAUUCGAACUGAGAAGAUUGAUCCUCAUUCGUAUACGGUCCGAACUACUCGAUCGUUAUACCUGAUUCCCGGUAACCAGCAUCUGAAGAGAAGCGCGAUACACCGACCCCAAUCCUCAUUCGAAUCGAUAACUAUCAUUCGAACUGAGACGAUAGAUCCUCACUUGUAUACAUUCUGAAAUACUUGACUGUUAUACACCCUGAAUUCUGAUUAUAUCUAUCCUCAAAUACUUGAACUGAUUCCUCAAUUCAUUCAAUAUAAAUGAUAUGACAGACAAGACAAUGUCUCGUGCAACUGUACAUCUUAGCAUUCCUGGAGAUUGGAAACUUUGGUACAAGCAUAUGCUAGAAUAUGCAAAGAACAAGAAGAUAUCAGACUUCAUCAAUCUUGAUAAACCUGAUAUCUUCUCAGAACUAGAAGAACCUCUGAAACCUGAGUGUUCAGAAGAAGCCAUCACAGAGACUAAGAUAGUAUAUAACAUCAAGAUCACUGCAUGAAAAAUCAAAUAUAUGAAAUAUGAGAAAUUGAAUAAAGGUAUGACAAAGAUAUGAGAUAUUAUAUGAAAAACAGUUAAUGUUACAGAGCUACAACAUAUAUACAGUGAGAAUGAUGAUAUAAAGAAGAUUAUUCAUUCAUUAAAAGAUCAACUCUUUCUCACAAUCACAGACUAUUAAGAUGAUAUAAGAACCUGAUAUCACAAUCUCUGCAAAGCACUGAAAAAUAGAGGUAUAGAGAAGUGAUUAAAUGACUGAUCACUUAUUAAAGAUGAUAUUAAAGAGAUGAAUAUAACUGAACAGUUCAACUUAAAGAAAGACUUUUUAAAUAUAAAUCUAGUUAUUAAUGCAGAUUAUAUACAAGCAUGAACUAAGAAUAUCUGAUAUAAUAAAGAUAUCAUAUCUUUGAUAGAGUUAGUUAAGAA